CCAGUUCAAUAAAUUAUUCAAACACACAUUCACGCGCCAUUGUAUGGGACCAGAUUUGUGCCUGCGCUUUGUUUAUGCAACUCCCAUUUGUCUCACCAGCGCUCAGAGUGUUUACGCGAGCUGCACAGAUUUUUAAUCCCCCGUCGCGAGAGCGUAAACUGGAGCAUAAGAGACUCUCUUGCCUGACGGAGGGAUCUCCUUUUGAAGAAAACGAACUUCGUGCACGUAAUUCUUUUCAGCUCAAGCAUGAAAACACCGGAGUGGGGCCUGAUGGCAGGCUCCCUGAAAUCGAUCAGCUGGCUCCUGCUAGUCCUGAUGGCAUUGCAGGUGCCGAAACCGGUGGGAGGCCACGGCAGGAUGAUGGACCCACCCGCCAGGAACAGCAUGUGGCGCUUUGGAUUCCCCAACCCUGUCAACUACAACGACAAUGAGCUCUUCUGUGGGGGUUAUGCAGUGCAGUGGAUGCAAAACCGCGGACAGUGUGGAAUCUGCGGCGACCCGUUCCACUUCCAGAGUCCAAGACCCCAUGAAGCAGGUGGCCAAUUCGCCAAGGGUAUCAUCGGGCGGCACUACAGCGUCGGACAGGAUAUUGAGGUUGAAAUCGAUCUGACUGCGAACCACUGGGGCCGAUUCGAGCUCAAGUUGUGCCCAGUUAACAACCUCAGACUGGAGGCCACACAGGAGUGCUUCGACAGGUAUCCUUUGUACAUUGCGGGGACGAGGCAGUCUGACUUCGUGAUUCCGUUCGACACGCAGAAGAAGGAGGUGUUCCGCUACAGGGUGCGUCUGCCGCCGUAUGUGACGUGUUCGCAGUGCGUCAUCCAGUGGACCUACUACACGGGCAACAUGUGGGGCACCUGUCCCAACGGCACCGAGGCCGUGGGCUGUGGCCUGCCUGAGACCUUCCGCAACUGCGCCGACGUCACCAUCACAACCAGCACCUCCGGACUUCCACCAGCCUUCGUCGAGCAGGACAACCCCUUCCUGUUGUACUACAGGGACUACUCCAAGAAGACCACCAGGACGCAUGAAGAGUACGCUCUGGAGCCUCUUAUCAUCAGGUCUCAAAGAUGCAGAGCUACUAGAAGAUGGUCUAGAAAUAUUGGAAUGGACGAGUGGUGCCAGGUCAAUUGUCUGCGAUACCCCCCUAACUGCCCUCCUGAAAUUUGCGAAUGCCCCACGGAUUGCGAAGCCAUUGGUGAAAUUGCUGGACGCGAAGGCGCUGAUGUGUACUGCCUGGACAAGUGUCUGGUCAACACGCCUAAUUGCCCAACUAAACGUUGUCGGUGCUUCUAAGCACCCUUCGAUAAUAUUUUGAAACAUUUCACGGGGCCGCACCGGGUGAUCCCAAACACUACGGAUUAAAAUACGAUAAAAAUGAAAUUAAAAUGUGUCAAACAUAUCCAUGAUGUCACUGCAUACAUUGUUACCGAAUUAUUUGCUCAUCAAAGGAUCACGGCCCCAGCCAUAAAAUUAACUUGAAAUAUAAUGUGACAAAAAUCUCCAACGCGUCUCAUAUGGGAAACUCGCCUCCUGUGCCUCGGGUUUAUUUGUCGAGGCUUCAGGACGUGAAUCACGCUUUUGAGGCAAUUAGCUUUAUGAGACGCGCUGGAGGGAAGUGAAGUGUAGCAUUUAGUAACUUAUUUUCUCGUGGUGCAAAUGGAAAAAAAUUUGUUUUAAAUCUCAGCUUCAAUAUUUAAAUUGGGAGGCACUCAAGAUUCGGCGCAGAUAUGAUUUGUACAAGCUUUCAUCCUUUUCCUUCCUUAAGUUAAGUGACUCUUACUGAUAAUCAUCCAACUGAUUUUUGGUGACCGCAUGGCACAUAUACAACUGAUAUUGUUUUUUAAAUGUUUUUCCUGCUUUUGUAGGCACAAAACAUUAUAAUGACCCGAUCCAACUGCAUUUUAUAUCUUCAAUGUGUUAAGAAAUAAAAAUAUUCUUGAGAGUA